CCGAAGAAGACAGCGGACAACAACAACCAACCAAUCAACCAUGGCUACUGCUGCGGCAGACGAAGAGGAUGAACUUCAAUAUGAACCUUCUCUUGCCAAUGUUAUAAAACAGACAUCUUUAAAAUGGGUAUUUGUUGGAGGAAAAGGUGGCGUUGGUAAAACUACCACCAGCUGUUGUCUUGCUGUGCAGCUGUCCAAGGUUCGUGAGACUGUGUUAAUGAUUUCGACAGAUCCGGCUCAUAACAUUUCCGAUGCCUUCAACCAGAAAUUCUCCAAGGUUCCAACUCUGGUCAAAGGCUUUGAGAACAUGUAUGCCAUGGAAAUCGACCCAAAUCUUGGAUUCUCUGAAUUACCUGAUGAAUAUUUUGAUCAAGGUGAUGUGAUGUCAAUGGGCAAAGGGAUGGUGCAAGAGUUGCUUGGUGCUUUUCCUGGUAUUGAUGAGGCUAUGAGUUUUGCUGAAGUAAUGAAAUUAGUUCGCAACAUGAACUUCUCCUGUGUUGUGUUCGACACUGCUCCAACUGGACAUACUCUGCGACUACUGUCAUUCCCGUCUGUCAUUGAGAAAGGUCUGGGAAAGCUCCUUCGCUUAAAGAAUCAAAUUAGUCCAUUUGUUUCACAGAUGGCUGGUAUGCUUGGAUUGCAAGACUUGAAUGCUGAUCAGAUGUCACAAAAAUUUGAUGAAAUGUUGGUAACAAUCAAACAAGUGAAUGAACAGUUUAAAAAUGCGGAUGAGACUACAUUUAUCUGUGUGUGUAUAGCCGAGUUUUUGUCACUGUAUGAGACAGAACGCCUUGUACAGGAGCUUGCUCAGUAUGGCAUCGACACACACAAUAUUGUAGUCAACCAGCUUCAUAUGCCAAAGAAAGAUGAAGUACCUUGCAAUUUCUGUAAGGCAAGAAAUAAGAUACAGUCGAAAUACUUGGAUCAGAUUAAUGAUUUGUACGAGGAUUUCUACAUAACCAAAUUGCCUCUUUUGGAUGAAGAAAUCCGAGGUGUUGAUAAGAUUACGUCGUUUUCUAUAAACUUGUUAGAGCCGUACAUACCGGGCUGAUAACAUCUUAAUCUAGCAAAACAAACCAAUAGGUUUAACCUUUUACUUAACACAAACAAGUUCUCUUUGGUGAUUUUGUUUACUUACUGUACUCAACAAAAUUAUUAAGUGCUAGUAGAUAUUUUUCUCUAAAUAUGCUUUAAAAAAAAAAAAAAAAAAGGAGUGGAGAAAAAAAGGCUUUUUCCAUUGUACGGUGUUGACAUUGUGCGAUAUUCUUUAAAAUUUACUAAUUGAAAUAACAAUUUAGAGCAAACAAAAGUGAUCAAGUAUUGUUAUGAACCAAAGUAUAAAGAAUUCUAGCCGAACAUGUGUUUCGAUAGUUUUCAUAAAUGCAUGAAAACCCCAAUUUGUGCAACAUUUUUGCAUGCAUCACUGAAACAGUGUUUAGAAGUCGUCUAUGAUCAAAUCUUACAUUUGCAAAAAAUUAAUUUUGCUGAGUAUGUAUUAUAAUUAUAGUAAAUCAUUAGAGCUUAUAUCAUUUGCUGGGCCUCUAGAAUACAGUAGCCCAAUGCCUGUGUUUUUCAGGUGGGGCUAGUAAAAAGUUUAUUCCACCGUGCAAUUGUAAAUAAACAUUACAAAUUACAUGUCAGUUAUUAUUAUUAGUGUUAUAUAAAGUGCUAUGGAUAUUUAUGGGCAUGGUGGGGGUUUUUUAAUACACUUUCUAGUAUUUUUGGUACCGUUUACAGUAAAUACGGAAGUAGGGCUAGUAGAUUUUUAACCAUGGCUAGUGAAUUUAUCUAUUUAAAGUCAAAAAUUGAAGAAACCCACCAUUAUUUUUCCAAAAAUACCACUCAUUACAUGAAAUUAUUUCGCGAAAUUAAAAUAAUAUUCGUCAAUUGAGUUUAAAAUUUGCAAUUGGCGAAUUUGGCGAGUGGCAGAGCUAGCCCUGCUCAUCCCACAACUAGUGGAUUUUUAUUUUAAUUCUGGAAGCUCUGCCAUUUGUAAUUUCGUUCUAUUUGUUUUUUGUGUUACAUUUGAUAGGAAUAUUCUGCUCCUACUGUAAUAACAUUUUGGUUAUAUUUAAAAUCUAAUGCAGGCACCAAAUUGAAUGUUACUUUGUAAACCCACAUGCCCACUCGGCUGUUUUUAAAUGCAUAGAUAUUAGUUGUAACCAAUAUUGGUGUCAAAGUCCACUAUUUAUUGUUCGUGAAAACCUGUCAGCUUAUUUAUUUAGACAGACUAGUUUCUAUCAUGUUUUUUUUACAUUGAUUUUGAUUACCUUGUUCACUGAUAUUUGUAAAUACAUGUAGUUGACUGGUUUUCUUCAUUACUAUAUUUCAUGAAUGCAUAAAUUAAUUUCAAAAUAAUUAGUACAAACAUAUAUGUUAAUAAAUAUUCUUUAUAUAAUUAUAAAAGGCUCAGGGCUCAUCCUGCCAAUUGCCAAAUUAGCCAAUUGCUAAUUUUUAUACAAAGUGGCUACAUCAUUUAGUAUUUGGAAAUAAAAUUUUGUUUAAAUUUGCCAUUUUGUAAUGAUGUUUUUAAGAAAUACUUUACAUAUCUAAAAAUUGGCUCAAACAAAAUUAUUCAGUGUGAGCUCUGGGGGUCUUUUACAGUUAUCAACAUAUUCACGAGUUACAGCCAGUGUAGGUUCCAUGCCACCAUUAAUUGCUCCAUGCAGCCCAAUACAAUUUUUGUGUCAUAAUAUAUUCUGUGAAUAAUACAACACUAUCGAGAAGGUCAUGUGACUACUAGUUUUAGUUUUAGGGAGUGCUUUCACUUCAACAAGUACCAUGUAAAAAAAUCAACAAAGGUCAACCACGAAAAUGUUCAGUUAGCCACUCUCAUGCCAGAGCACCACCUUGUGUUGCUUUUAUACAAGAGGCACUAUACCACUUGCACAGUUGUUAUCAGUUAAUACUAAAUAUUACAUAGUCAAGUAACUUCAUUUUUCACAGUUAUGGCCGUUGAACUUUGGGAGAUACAAAAAUUUGUUUGCCCGAAGAUACUGAGAUAAAAUUUAUUUUAUAGCUUUAUCAUGUACUGUUACAAAACAAGUUUGACUUUCAUGGCGAUUUACCCAUUUUUCACAGAGUUAUGGCCUUUGAAUUUAGGAGAUACGAAAAAAAAUUGGGUACGGUAGGAAAAAUGUAUUGCUCUGGCAGUACUCUUAAAAUGCUUGUUUUUUAACAUUGUCUUCUUGAGGCAACACAUUGAUCACAUAACCACCUCCCACAUAGAUGGCAAGACAUCAAUCUAAACAACAUCUCCGACCUGAACUCUGUUACCAAACCUUGCCUGAUGCGCGGUUGCUCUAGGAACAAUCCCCAUUGGUAGGCGUUUAGUCUAAAUCUAACCUCAUAAGAAAAGGUGUUGGGCCAGGUAGGGGAUGUGUUGUUUUUUUUCAACUUCGUCUUCCCGAUACCACAUGGUGAUACGUGACCACCUCCCACAUAGAUAGCAGGACACCAAGAGAGCCUCCAAUCAUGUCGUUCAAUCUAAACAACAUCUCCGACCUGAACUCUGUUACCAAGCUCAAGGAUCAAUCCCCAUCUGUGGGCCCAUUGGGCUAUUUCUUGUUCCAGCCAGUGCACAACUGGUAUACCAAAGUCUGUGCUAUAUGCUAAUCUUUCUGUGGGAUGGUGCAUAUAAAAGAUCCCUUGCUACGAACAGAAAAAUGUGGUGGGUGUCCUCUCUGUAUGUCAGAAUUACCAAAUGUUUGACAUCCAGUAGCCAAUGUGCUCAGUGGUGGUGUUAAACAAAACAAACUUCUUUUUUUUAUUGUUCCAUUUACCAAACGUGGUCAAGUGACCACCUUCCAGAUAGCAGGACACCAAGAGAGCCUCCAAUCACUUCGUUCAAUCUAAACAACAUCUCCGACCUGAACUCUGUUACCAAACCUCGCCUGAUGUGCAGUUGCUCUAGGAUCAAUCCCUGUCGGUGGGCGUUAUUUAAACAACAUCUCAAACCUGAACUUGUUUACCAAACCCGCCUAAUGUGCAGUUGCUCUAGGAUCAAUCCCUAUCGGUGGGCGUUAUUUAAACAACAUCUCAAACCUGAACUUGUUUACCAAACCUCGCCUGAUGUGCAGUUGCUCUAGGAUCAAUCCCUAUCGGUGGGCGUUAUUUAAACAACAUCUCAAACCUGAACUUGUUUACCAAACCUCGCCUGAUGUGCAGUUGCUCUAGGAUCAAUCCCUGUCGGUGGGCGUUAUUUAAACAACAUCUCAAACCUGAACUUGUUUACCAAACCCGCCUAAUGUGCAGUUGCUCUAGGAUCAAUCCCUGUCGGUGGGCGUUAUUUAAACAACAUCUCAAACCUGAACUUGUUUACCAAACCUCGCCUGAUGUGCAGUUGCUCUAGGAUCAAUCCCUAUCGGUGGGCGUUAUUUAAACAACAUCUCAAACCUAAACUUGUUUACCAAACCUCGCCUGAUGUGCAGUUGCUCUAGGAUCAAUCCCUGUCGGUGGGCGUUAUUUAAACAACAUCUCAAACCUGAACUUGUUUACCAAACCCCGCCUGAUGUGCAGUUGCUCUAGGAUCAAUCCCUGUCGGUGGGCGUUAUUUAAACAUCUCAAACCUGAACUUGUUUACCAAGCCCCACCUGAUGCACAGUCAUUUUAGGAUUGAUCCAUGUCAGUGGGCCCAUUGUGCCAUUUUUCAUUCCACCCAAUGCAUCACAAUUGGUAUAUUAAAGGCUGUGGUAUGUGCUAUCCUGUCUGUGGGAUGGUGCAUAUAAAGUAUCCUUUGUUACUAAUAGUAAAACAAACAUGACGGGUUUCCUUUAUAUGUCAGAAUUACCAAAUGUUUGACAUCCAAUAGCCGAUGAUUAAUAAAUCAAUGUACUCUAGUGGUGUCGUUAAAAAAACCCACAUUAUUGUUUCAUUUACCACCUGCCUAAAAGCCACACCAGACUGAGUUUCCCCUCUCCAAACCAUUUGCCACUUCAGUGUCAAACUCUCCUCUUCAUUUUCAACAACCUCAACACCUGUGGAAUUUGUCUUCACAACAUUGCUGUGUCCCUCAAUAACCACCUAGUUAAAAUAGAGUUGGGUCUGUAUGCUUGUGAACUUGUUGAUAAUUUUUAAUGGCCACUAAAUAUAAAUAAUAGUUUUGUUUUGUAGUUAGACUGAGAAACUCUUGAUGUCUGCUAGAUUGUUUUGUUUCUUAAUUAUAUGGCAUUUUCAAAUAUGUUGCAAAUUCCAUGAAAAUAAAAGGUAUAAAUGGGUAAAUUGUAUGGCAUUUUUAACUUUGGUCACUGCAGAUUUUUCUCGUUCCAAUCAGUGCACCACAACUGGUCAAAUGCCAUGGUAUGUGCUUUCCUGUCUGUGGGAAAGUGCAUAUAAAAGAUCCCUUGCUGCAUUAGAAAAAAUGUAGCGGGUUUCCUCUACUGACUGUGUCAUAAUUACUCAAUGUUUGACAUCCAAUAGCCGAUGAUUAAUUAAUCAAUGUGCUCAAUGUGUCAUUAAAUACACUAACAUUUUGGUCACUGCAGAAGUAUGUACAUUAUGUAAAUUAAAAUUAAAUUUGUCAAAUAUAUUUGAUUAUUAAAACUGUUCAAAAAGCUUAUCCAAAAAUCUAAUGUUGUUUGCAGUUCAGCCAUCAUUUUUUGACAGUUUGGCUAAUUGGCUAACAUUUGUAAACAAAUGCACCAAACUGUUACCAUAGUUUCUUUUACAUAAACACAUCAAUUUCAUUAAUAUGGUAAGAUGAAACAAACUGCAUUUAUUGGAUAGUGUUAUUAUGGGCUGUUUCAUUUGAAAAAAUAAUAAUAAUAAAAUAAAAAAUGAAUGGAAAGGAAAAUAGGACAAUGUUAUCCCAUAUUUGGAAAAUCCGGUGGGAAAUAUCUGUUGGUGGGGGAGCUGAUACUUUGGUGUUGUACUUUUUAGACAGCAACUUGGGGCAGAACUCUGGUGAAGUCAGAGGUUGUGCCCACAACAGGCAUGCUUUAAGAGUUUUCUGAUUGGUGGUCCCAUUGAGCUAUUUCUCAUUCAAGCCAUGGUGUGUGCUAUCCUGUCUGUGGGAUGAUGCAUAUUAAACAUCCCUUGCUACUGAUGGAAAAUGUAGCAGGUUUCCUCUAAAACUGUAUGUCAAAAUUACCAAAUGUUUGACAUCCAAUAGCCGAUGAUUUAUAAAACAAUGUGCUCUAGUAGCGUCAUUAAACAAAAUAAACUUUGUUUAUAAUAACUAUUUAGAGAUUUAGAGGUAUCUUUGAUCAACUAAGUUGGCAGUGUUCAGAAGCUUUCUACAAGUACCACUAGAAGGUAAAACAUUUAUAAAGAAUUAAUUUUGUUUGCCAAAAUAACCUUGUACUUGUAACUUUGACUUUUAUUGAUGUAAUAAAUUGUAAUUUUGAACACUUGAAUGAGCGAAAAUAAAUUAUUUGUUCUCAGA